UGUUUUAUUUAUGAGUUGACUCUCGAGCCCUUCUUUGGUCUAGUCAUCUCUAUCUUUGUCUGUUUAAACCCAUUAUCAUAAGCACCAUACCUUCACAAAAACAAAAAAAAAAAACUGCUCCAUAACGAAUAUGCUGAACCCUUUUGUUUGUGGCACUUUCCAUAACGAAUAUGAUGAUGAACCAUGUCUUGCAAGUCCUAAUUCUAGCCCCAGAAAAUAUAAAAGAAAAGUUAGCAAGAACAACCCUUAUUCCGCUCGUGGCCUAGACAAGUUUUCUGAGCUUUUGGCUGAUCUUGAUGAGAAGAGGCAGAAGAUUUAUUCACAGAUGAACCCUCAUGACAUCUCUUUCGUUCGCUUUGUAUACUCCAACACUAAUGAUGAUAUUGUUCCUGUUGUGGUCAAGGUGAAAAACAACAAGGAUCAGAAACACAGCAAGAGCCAAGAACUCAAAGUGGUGAGAGCAAGAACAACAACAAUGACGUUGACUCAUACAUCAGAGUACUCAAUGGACAAGUCUGCAACAACUGAUCAAGAAAACCCUGCUGAAGAAAGAAAGCAACACCAGAUAGAAACUCAUGCAAAGGUAGCUAAGAAGAAGAACAACUUUUCUUGGGAUAUGGGGAAGCCUUCUUUCUAUGUUCCUGUGGUUAUGAUAUUGAUUUUGUUGCUCUUGAUUGUGUUUGGAAGAUCCGUUACAACUCUUUCCAUUUGUAUUUUCUGGUAUGUGAUCUCCACUUUGAAGGGUAGUUCAUCAUCAAACACAUCGAAGUCCAUGACGAAGAAGGAUUAUGUUAGAGGGUUGAGUGAAAAGAAGAUUGUGAUCAAUGAAGGGACAAGGAAAAAAAAUAUGUUAGAGGGUGGAGUGAAAAAAUGGUGGUGAGUGAAGGGAGCAAGAAGAAAGAUUAUGUUAGAGGAUGGAGUGAAAAGAAGAUGGCAAGUACUGAUGGGUUACUUUCUCCCAGAAGUGGUGAUUGAGGCUUUCCAAGGACAAGGUUCAUGCAUGCACAGAAUUCCCAUAAGAAAAGCUGGUGUGAAGAAUGAAGAAUAUCUGUUAGUAAUUCUUUUUUCUUCUUUCUUUGUUUCUUCUUAGUAUUUUUCCAUUUCUGAACUGGGAAUAGAGUUUUUUUUUCUUCUUUUUUUGUGUUGGUGUCAAUACAUGUAGGUUUUCUUUUUGACGUGCUUGAGACGGGUUUCAUUUCUUCUCUUCUCGUUACAUGUUCUGAGUGUAAAUUACGGUAGAAAUUGUGAAUUAGGCUUAAUGACAAUCCAUAUAUGCCAUCUUUGUUUGCUUCA